UCCGGCUCCUCCUCCAGCGCCACUCGCGGAGUCCGCCUGGGAGGAGUAGGAGGACUGAGCACGGCCCACCGAGGCGGCAGCAGCGCCGGCGACGAGGGCAGCCUGGCCCCAGGUGGGGGGCGGCAUGGGCGGUGGCGGCUCCGGGCGGUGGCGGCGAUGAGCCUCGAGGAAGACGAUGGGCACGGCCGUCUCCAAGCGCCGCUCGCUCCGCAACGAGGCCGUGGCGUCGGUGGCGGCCAAAGUCAGAGCGGCAAGGGCCUUUGGUGAUUAUCUCUCUCAGAACCAUCCGGAAGGCAAGAAUGGCUCAGAUCACCUGCUGGCGGAAUCCUAUGUCGGGCAGGAGGACUCCCCGGAGAUGCACCAGGGAGCCCAGAACAAGCGCCGCCUGUCGCUCCUUUCUGACGGCAAGUUUGAGAGGAGCUUCUCGGAAGAGCACGGGGAGAAGCUGGCAGGUGACGGCCCCAAGCCGCGGGUCUACACCAUCUCUGGCGAGAGGCCCAUGCUCUCCCAGCACCAGAGCAUGGAGCUGGUGGUCAUCAAAGGGGCUGAGGCCGUGGAGGACGAGGACGAGGAAGACUGUUCCCAGGGACAGCCCCUCCAAACCACCGGCAGCUCCCACAACAUUGGAAGGCCCUGCAAAGCCAGUUGGGCCAGCAGCCGCCAGGGCUCCAAGGAGUGUCCCGGCUGCGAGGCUCCAUCUCAGCAGGCCUGUGACCUAGAGCAUCCUCACCACCACCACCACCACCAUCACCACCAUCACCACCACCAACAGCAGCAACAGCAGCAGCAGCAGCCCAGCGAGACGGGCUGGCGCCGGAAGAAGCUGGAGAGAAUGUAUAGCGUGGACCGCGUGUCAGACGAUGUCCCCAUCAGGACCUGGUUUCCCAAAGAGAACCUCUUCACUUUCCAAACAGCUACAACAACUAUGCAAGCUAUCUCGGCAUUCAGGGGCUACGCAGAGAGGAAGAGGAGGAAGCGGGAGAAUGAUUCUGCGGCUCUGAUCCAGAGAAACUUCAGGAAGCAUCUCCGCAUGGUGGGGAGCCGCCGCAUGAAGGCGCAGACCUUUGCUGACCGCCGAGAGAGAAGCUUCAGCCGGUCCUGGAGUGACCCCACGCCCAUCAAGCCCGAAAACCUCAAUGAUUCCCGAGAAAGCCAUGAGCUCCAGGACUCCUGUGGCGCACUCGACAAGGGGGUCGACUUGAACUGGGAGGCAGAGAAAGAGCUGGAAGGUGCGGCUUGCAGCGGGGAGGACUUUUUCCCGCCCAAGAUCAUGCUCAUUUCCUCCAAGGUGCCCAAGGCGGAGUACGUUCCGACGAUCAUCCGGCGGGACGACCCGUCCAUCAUCCCCAUUCUCUACGAUCACGAGCACGCCACCUUCGAUGACAUUCUGGAGGAAAUUGAGAAGAAGUUGAACAUCUAUCGGAAGGGCUGCAAAAUUUGGAAGAUGCUGAUUUUCUGCCAGGGCGGCCCGGGCCACUUGUACCUUCUGAAGAAUAAAGUCGCUACCUUUGCAAAAGUAGAGAAGGAGGAGGACAUGAUCUAUUUCUGGAAGCGGCUUGGCCACCUGAUGAGCAAGCUGAACCCGGAGCCAAAUGUCAUUCACAUCAUGGGGUGCUACGUGCUCGGGAACCACAACGGAGAGAAGCUGUUCCAAAACCUGAAGAACCUAAUGAGCCCCUGUCGCGUUACAUUUGAAUCUCCGCUCGAACUCUCUGCUCAAGGGAAGCAAAUGAUUGAGACUUAUUUUGACUUCCGCCUUUACCGCCUCUGGAAGACCCGGCAGCACUCCAAGCUUCUGGAUUACGACGACAUCUUGUGAAGCCAGACCCACGAUGGCUGAGAGCGGUCGGUUUUAUUGAAGUCCCACACGUCUGAGCGUCGUGCAGAGAGGGAGAGGGACCUUUUCACGGGGAAGGCCCCGAGAGCCCCGCCUGGGGUGGUGGUGCUGCAGAGCUGAACAAGAGCGCUGUCAGGAUGUCGAGAGACUUAGAGAGAAAGCAGCCUGCUAAGCUGGGGCGCGGCUCAGCCCCGCACACACGUCUGAUGGAGGGAAUGCUGUCGAACAGGGCAGGACGGGAACGUCCUCACGGGACUGAGCUGAUUUUAGGUCACAAAGGGCCAAACUCCACUUCAGGUCCUUUUUUAAAAAAGACAUUCCAAGCUCAGGUUUUCUUAACUACAAAAACUCGACGGAUCAUCUUUUGUUUCUUCUUCUUCUUCUUGCGCUACUGGAUAAGGCGAGCCUUGUCUCUGUGCAGCACCUUCCGGUUUCACGUGUGGGUGUUGCCUCCCUUUUGCAGGCCUAGAACGCCAUACUCAACCCUGUGUGCUUUGGAGAUGCAAGGUCUGAAACCUUCGUGUCGAUGAAAGGAAGUUCAGACUUUAAAAUCAUGUCCGUUUUAAUAGGAGAAAUAUACCUAUACAUUAUAUAUAUAUAAAUAAGUGCAAUUUUAUAUGAAUAGAGAGAAAAUUUAAUUUAGCUAAUGCCGUAAACCCACGUCAGUAACCAAUAGAUGAGAUAUUUUUGGUCUGCUUGAAAAUAUAUUUGAAAUAGUAAUAUAUCUUCUGUAGACAUAUAUAUAUGUAAUCACCAGCAGGAUGUUUUUUUCCACAAGCUUUUUCACAGACCUGCAUGUCUGCCAUGUUUGGUUUGAUUUCCAGAUGAGCUGUGGAAGGACCUUUUAACUGUAGUUCUCUUAAGAGGGUCCAGUUGUUCGUUCAAGCAGUCUCCAUAUUUUCCUGUUUUGGCAGAAUGAAAGCUUUUGCCAACUGUUUUUCGUUUAGAAAUACGGUGACAUGGCCGAAAUGGAUCUUGGUCCGUUUCCGUAAGUGUGUAUAUAUAUAUAUGUAUAUAUAUAUAUAUAUAUAUAUAUAACAAACUAGAAAUGAAUAGCCAUCUUCAAAAGACUCUCUUGCUGCACUUAAACUUGCUGUUUUGAUUGUUUUCUUUUUUCCAAAGACAGAUUUGAAUACAUGGGCUGCUGUAUAGGAUUGGGGGAAUGUCUGCCGUGAUGGCUGGAUGUCAGAGGGAAUGUCCUCUGUUUGUGUGCAGUGCAGGAUCUAAGCACAGGGAUGUGGUAUAUUCCUCGUUCUUCCCCUUUAGCGCAGAGAAGGGAAUUUGCCUGCAGUGAAUUGGCAGAGCAUAUCUGCGCUCUAAUCACGCGCUGGGCUUGUCCGUUGUCUGUGCUCGACCAUCGCUUGGACAAUCCAGACCUGUGCUUAUUACCUUUUGGAAGAAAUACUUUGAAAUAGCUCUACAUUUUUAGUUUUUUGUAGUUCUCCUGUUCAGGUGAUACGAAUCCCUGGAGGAAUCUGCACUCCCUGAUCAAGGUGCAGUUUCCCUGGUUAGUUUGAGCAGAGUUUCUCUUUUUAUGUUGUUCUUUCUAUGAAGUAGGAUGAUUUGGAAGAGACUUGAUUGGCUUCCCCUAUUUUUCUUAGUUUUUAAGAAGAUUGUGAAGACAAGGAUAAUCCUGUAAAUCUUUCUUACGGUAAAAUGACAACCUCACUAUCGACAACCGCGCAACCGCAAGUUCUCCCUUGUGGCAAUGGUCUCCAUUUACUUUUGCUGUUUAUAUGAACUGAUGAUUGCCCCCAGGGCAGAUGACUGAACCACAACCCUCAUUGUCUGUCUAUUAUUGUGCUAAAAAACUUGUCCAAGAAGUGGGGUUAAGAGACCAGGUAGCAAAAGGAUGACUGCAAAAUUCGCAUUGUUGAAACUUCAGCAGACACUUCAGAUUUUAGAAUUUUUCUCUUUUGAAUGUAAAGUUAAUUUUUAAGAACAUUUUUUUCUAAAAAAACAAAACAACCUGAAGUCUUUUUUUGGGGUACAUUUAUAUAGCAUCAGUCUUCUACCCCCGUCUCUCUCUGCAACAGCAUUCUUAAUUGAGAAUCUUAUACAAAAUUCUAAAUGUGAUCAUAUAAAUUUGGGUUUUACACAGGACACCCAAGGUGGGGGCAUUUGUUGAUUUCUUCCAUCCCAUGCUCUAAAACAAUUACUAUCAAGAGCUGAAGUGUAAGAGGUUCCGACAAUUAACAAUUCAAGAACAAUAGUGAGACACGGCUUUUUUAGCAGAGCAAACAUUUCCCCACAGACAAUUGGUUGCUUGCUGUUUGUUACAGAAGACAGGGAACAAGGCUUUGGUUCUGUUUUUGUCUGGAUAUCUAUUGUAGACUGCCUGUGAACAUGGAGGCUCUAUUCUUAGCCUUCAUAGACCUGACCGCCAUAAAACCUAUGUUGGUCCUUCUUAUUUUUUUUGUAUUUUUAAAGUCCUGCCUGCUGGCGGAUGUUGAAACAUGACUAGCAGCUACAUGCUUCAGUUUCCUAGAUUAUCUCAGUGUGGGAGAAAGUUGUGGGCAUGAAAUGGCCCUUAGCAGCACCGCCUUGUGGAUAUUGUAGAAUUAUGCUGUUGGAAGGGUCUUGGUGGAGCCAGUGGCUGUUUUUUUUUUUAGCACUUCCUAGGAGAGGGGUGAGUUUAUACCCCCUCCCUGGACACCUUUUCCCCUUCACAAAUACUUGCUGCUUUGUGAUCAGAAAGUGUUUCCUUACAUUUAAACGGUGGCGGCUGGUGGCUCAAAGUUUGAACUCAAACCUGGAGCGGCUUCCACUGCCCCACUGACAUGGAGCUACCAGCCACCACUGUAUAUAAACCAGAUCUACCUCCCUAUAGUUCAAAGACAUUUGCUCUUUUUCUCAGGCAGCAGGAUGAGCAGUUAAUUCUUCCAUCUCCUCCUCCGCCUUACCAGUCUCUUCCCUAUCCCCAUUUUGACCAGGCAUUUCCCCUUCUUUCAGGCUUUCCUGAAUUGCAGUUCAUCUUCUGCAGACCCCUUUGCAAUCUGUUACAACUCUCUUGUGAAUCUGUUCUCAAGGCUCGACAUAUCCCUUCCUGACGUCUAGGAAUGCAGGGCUGAGUUCGCUAUUUUGAAAAAGAAGUUCUUCGCCCUAGAAGCGUACGGCACUCUUUUUUUUUUUUAACUACUUCACACUGGAAGCUCAGCCUUAGAGAUUUUGCUGCAAGGAGCAAUUUUCUAGCCCUUAAGGAUGGGAUGACAAGUCUCUAACAUCGCAGGCAGUACCUGGUGACCACUCUUGCGUGAUGCAAUGAAAACAGAUAGACACACACACAUCUGUGUAUGGAUAUAAUUAUGAUUGACAAAACAGAGGUUUUUAUUUUUCUAGCAAAAUGUUUCAGUUUCUGCCUUCAUCAGCUGCUAACAUACACAUGUAAUGAUGCUAUUACCAAGGUAGCAGUUAUAGAGCUUUGAGAAGGUAAUGCUCAUUAGGGGAAGCUAAGCGAUGAUGGUGUUUGCCUCCAGGUUGAGCCAUGUGGUGCCAAUGGGUCCAGGGUGUGUAUCCAGAAGUUCUUCCUCUUAGUUAAGGUCAUUGGAUCUGUUGGCAUCUCUAUAGCUAUUAUAGAUAAGUCUUUGCUUUAUUUAUUUUGUUUAACAACGUUUAUAUCGCUUGAUUGUAAAAAGAAACAAAACCCUCUAAGUGGCUUCCAAAAAAAAAAAAACAUUAAAAAGUGUCAGUAAAACAAUUACAAACAAGCACUUAAAACAUUUUUAAAACGAUAACUAACUAAAAAGAUGACACCACGUCAACGUCUAUGUGUCUGGGUAGACUUGUGUGAAUGAAUUUUUUUUCAGCAGGCACCUAAAGGAAUACAGCAAAGGUGCCUGCCUGAUGUCAAUAGGCAGGGAGUUCCAAAGAGGAGCGCUGCCAUGCUAAAAGAACAUUUUACAGGUGUCACUUUAAUACUUGUUCAACGCUUGCAAGAAAUCAUCCUUUAGUGAGGCAGCACCUAUUCUUUGGAACUCCCAGCUGACGUCAGGAAGCGGGCACGUAUGAGGUUUUAACGUUUUGCUAGAAAAAUAAAAACCUCUGUUUUGUUAAUCACAAUUAACAUGUAUAUAUUUUAAAGAGAUUAACAGAAUCCUUACAGGGAUCCAGAGCAAGCUUGGGUGAAGUUUUGCUUGUUGCUUUUAAAACUGUCUGUCAAACACCAGCUUUUCUUUGAGCAGAAUGCACAUUCACUCGGCGCAGAAUUGAUUUUUGGUUCAUGAACGCAGGGUUCAUGAAGAACUCUAUUGAAUGAUAGUGGAGAAAGCCACAUUGAAACACUCCCCGUCUUUAGAGUAAAGUUUGCCAUAACCCCCGAAGAGGAAACAUAACAAGCGGCCUUAUACAGAGUCAGAUCCAUUGGUCUGUCUAGCUCAGUACUACCUACAUGGACUGGCAGCAGCUCUCCAGCGUUUCAGAUAGGUGUCUUACGCAGACCUUCCUAGAGAUUGCACCUGGGACCUUCUGCAUGCCAGGCAGAUGGUCCAUCACUGAGCUAUGACCCUUCCCCCCCAAAAAUUAGGAAGCUGCCUUACAUCAAGUCAGACUGUUGAUCCAUCUAUUCAGCGUUGUCUUCACUGGCCGGCAGCAGCUCCCCAGAGGUUCAGACAAAGUUCUCUCUCAGCCCUGCCGGGGAAUCCAGGGAUUGAACUGGGGGGCAUUCUGUAUUCAAGGCAGCUCUUCCACUGAACUGUGGCCUUGCAUCUGUCUCAGAGGCAAUGCUGCCCGCCCACUUUCCCCUCCUUUCAAGUAGAAGCAAUUCAUUUGGAUAUAAUCUUUAUUCAUCUGCUGCAUAAAGAAAUUCUAAGUGCAUUACAGGAGAUCAACCACUUGCAAGCUCUCCAAUUUCAUUUUUUUAUUUUUUGCCAAUUUGCUUCAAAAUAAAUGCUCAGCCGUCCCCAACACGCAUUUGAAUGACGGCACUGGAGAGCAUUCCAUGCCGGUCAUGAAAACAGAAGCCAAACAAGGAGAAGCGAUUCCUAAGUAGGAGUACCCCCCGUGUUUAACUUUUAAGACAUACUUUAUCUUCCUCUUGUGAUGCUGCUUCAGUCUCCGGGAUGUGAAGCUGGUACAAUUGCCGUUAAAUCCUGUGGGGAUUUUUUUAAAGGGAAUGUAGAACCUGCCUUAUCAGAGCAUUGGGUCCAUCUAGCUCAAUAUUGUCUACACCGGCUGGCGGCUCUCCCAGCAUUUCAGGCAGGGGGUCUUUUCCAAACCCUACCUGCAGAUGCUGCUGGGAGUUGAACCUGGGACCUUCUGCGUGCAAAGCAGAUGCUCUGCCACUCAGUUACUGCCCUACUCGAGAGUAGACGGGCCCUCCUCAGUUUUUGGAGAGUCCCCACGUGCCCUCUCUCCCACCCAAGUUCCCCAUGGCAAAAGCCUCCAGCCUACCUAAAUGUCUAUGUGCCCUUUGAACAGAUCAGCUGGUAGCGGGGGAAAUCCUUGCUAGGAGAGUUUGCUUCUUGUAACCAGCUGGAAGGAAUGGGCAGGGGAGAGUCAGCAGGCUAGACCCCUUGGUACUAGUCAAAAGAGGGAAAGGAACUGGGGAGGUGGGGGUCUUUCAUCCCCCACAAUUUCCUGCCUCUCCUGCUGCAUCUUUCCAUGCACCCCCUUAGUCAAGACUCCCACAUUUAUACUGGCGGCAGUCAAUCGAGGGGGUGCCUGGAUAUUAUCAGGGUUCCAGGACUAACAGAAAUACCUCCCCCAUCAUUUCCCCAGGGAGGGAUUUGGUCAAUUUGCCCUGUCCCCUGUUCAUGGUUGUGCUACCAGGCUUGCUCGGAAGUUCUUUCUUAGCAAGACAGAAGGAGACAAUUUUUAUUUUGCACAACUUCCUCUUGAUGCAACCCAAGCAGGCAUCUCGGCGCAUUGGGGGAAGAGAUUGGCGCCAAGCAAAAGUUCUUUGCUCCUAUGACAUUCGUACAUGUCCUUUAGGAGUCUCCAUCUUGAGCCAGACCGUGGGUUCACCUAAUCCAAGAUUGCCUAUCCUGAAUGCCAUCAGGUCUCCAAGGUUUCAGGAGGAAAAGGCUUACCUAGCCCUGCUUCUGGGCGUUCCAGGAACUGGAUCUGGGGCCUUCGACGUGGGAAGGAUGAUUUUCUCACUGAGCUACAGCCCCUUGACCAACACGAGUUACCACUCGACACAGUCAACUACCUUCUUCCUAAAGUCCCAUCGUGGUAGCUGUUCUAUGCUUCGAUCCUGGGAAGCCCAAAGCAGCAAAGAACCUUAAUGGGGACACCGUUUUAAUUUUUGGCCACUAUAUAUCUCUGUUUUUAAGCUUCUCUGAGCUUGUGGCAUGGAGAAAUCCCACGCCGCAAGGUCCACGCUGGAUUGUAAAGCUGUGAAUCUCUGAACUUUGGCCCAAGCUUCCAGCUUUUAAAUAAUAAUAAUAAUAAUAAUGGAGGUUUUGAGCAGUGAUUAACUGACAAGCAGGCAUUUUAUGCCCACUCCAAAGCUGAUUACAACUGAUAGUUUGUUUUGUUUGUUGCUGACCAGGAAACAGGACUGUACUUUGUAUUGGUGUUCCUUUAGGACUUACCCGCUCCAGUAUACAGCAAUAACACAUCAUGGGGAUCUCUUGUGACAAUAACCCUGUUAUUUCUGGCCUUUGGUCCUGUGAGCACGUCCAUUUCGUGAGGUCCCCUCCACCUGGUGUCUUACGAUCUCGAUCCCUGGGAUGAAUAUAACAAUUGCUUCCUUUCUACUGAGCAUGAAUAGCAUCCUGGCUCCAAUGCAACUAUGAGCCUCAGGCUUUGGACAGGCAGAACGUUAGAUUUUGCCCAGUUCCUAGAGUUUUGGACACACAGAUAUAGAAGUCUGUGGUUUGUUGGCUGCCUUGCCAUUUUCAAGUGCACAAGGGGGAUCACUGAGCUGCUCUGAGCAUCCACAUAGGCUAUAGAGUGUAUUUUGCCAACACAACUACAACCUCAGCGAAAUGUCCUCAGGACCUCCCAGUUUGGGGGGUAAUUAGAAGGUUGGGUUAAUCCAAACGGGGCACUGAGAGAGGUGGACUUAUCAGGAAGGAUACUGUGUUGGUCAAUAGAUUUUUUUUUAAUCACCAAGACAUGGUCAAUGGCAUCCUGCCCUAGAUACACCGAGGGAGAUCUUCAAUUAUUUGGGGAGACUUACAGAAGAGAUAUAGUGUGGCAUAGUGGGUAGAGCACUGGCCAUUGACCAGGAAGUCCCAAGUUCAAAUCCUCCCUCAGCUAUGAAACUCAUUGAGUGACCUUGGGCCAGUCACUAUCUCUCAGCCAAACCUACCUCACAGGGUUGUUGUGAGGAUAAAAUUGUGUGUGUGCACAUGCGUGUGUCUUGGGGAGGGGGAAGAACCUUGGAUGCUGCUGUGAGCUUGUUGGGGGAAAGGGCCGGAUAAAAAUACAACAUAAAUGCAGACAAGAAAAAUACAAAGUCAAGAUUUUUGUGUCUAGAUUGCCUGGUGGCGGAGAGAGUUUUGGAAAUUCAUGGAUGAAGCCCCCGAUAUUGGAAAGCUUUUGAGAGCUGGUCCUGGGCUGCUUUGCAGUUUCCUGUUAUGCUUUUGAUGAAAAACACAAGGCAUGAUAAAAAAAACACAAAGGACUUGGAACUAAUUUUUGCAUGUAAGAAUUGCUAUUUUCAACACAGCCAUUUCCACUGCAGAAGAAACUAGCCACUUCUUCUGUAAUCAAAUGACGGCUUGUCUCUUCUGCAGUGAGAGAUGCUAAAAGAAUGUGGCCCACGUGGUACCCUUCAGAUGUUGCUGAACUAAGUUCCUAUCAGUCCUAGUGAUCAUGAUCUAUGGUCAGGGAUUAUGAGAGUUGUAGUCCAACAGCAUCUGGAGAGCGCCACAUCAGUUACCUCCACAGUAGCGUUCCAGUAAUAUGUGGUUCUCUCCGUAACAGCCACUGAGCUCAGGGGUAUAGGGUGAGGUCUAUGAACAUGAGAAUUGUCUUGCUGGAUCCCACCAAGGCCACUGGUAUAUCCAAUGUGGCACUGAGUUAAAGUCACAUAGUGUUCUACUUAUUCCAUUGGGCAAAUGUUUUGCACCAGUGGAACACUGUUGUGCAAGAGAAUGCAUAAAUCAAUCUGCUGGUGAAUUUUGUAGUGGAACAGAUUGCAAAUCUCUUGCACAGCGAUUCUCUGCUUUUGCGACUAUUGAGUUGGAUUCCUCUGUUGUGCAACAUUAAACCGCACCCACUGGCUAGAGCCCUUGCGCUAGUGCAGAGAUGUCCAGAAGGUGAUCUGCGGACCAACAGUGGCCUGUGAGCUUCAUUCAUGUGGCCCGCGGCAUGUCCUCAUUGAGUAUCCAUAUUGAAUUGUACUUGUAUUUUCAUUGCUUCUUUUAAUUUCUUCCGUCGUAUUGCCAUUUGAGUGCCAUGGAAUGCAGAUUUGUAGUACAGUAAAGCAAUGAAAUUAGACUUAAAAAUCAUGCAGCACUUAGCAGAACGCCUUACAGCGGCUACAACCGACGGAACCAUCGUUAAAUGGUCCGUCGAGACCAUCAGCAAUUUUCAAACGGCCUGUAGAGGGGGGAAACAGUUUGCUGGGCUAGCAGACAGAGAACCUUGCACACAGCCUUUGCUUCUGUGCCCUUCUUGGGGCGUCCAGUUGCAUCUGGUCGGCCGCCGUUGAGAAGAGAAUGGUGGCACCUUGGGAUGACUCAGCAACACAGUUCUUACUUUCCUACACCUUCGCCCUUUCGGCGUCCUUAAGCAGUUUUAAGACUGGCCUUAUUGGUUCAUCACCAAUGGUCUCCUGUCUGUCGCUUCAAGCUGGGCUCCUCACCUCCUGUCUCACGCAUCUGUAUCAAGGAUCAUUUCCCAAACAAAGGAAAGUUUCUAGGUUGUCAGAAGUGAUUUAAUAAAAAGAACCAU